CAGUCCGGCAGAACAUCUGAGAUCCCAGAGAACUGUGCUGUCAGUCAACCCUCUCAAGAAGACAAGAGUCUGUCAUCGGAGGAAGAUGCACUCUCAUCAGCUGGUGUUCAUGGUCAUUGCUGUGAUGUGGAUUGUGACAAUCACAGAUGCAUAUCCAUACACGCCAGACACAGCCAUCCCUGCAGAGGACAUGGCCAAAUACUAUACUGCGCUACGACACUAUAUCAAGCUCAUCACACGACAAAGGUAUGGGAAAAGAAGCAGUCCUGAGCCCAUGUUCUUGAGUCGGCUGUUGAGAGAGACACAAGAAAGCAUUCCUGAGUCAACAUAUGAUGAAGCAGGCACUGAACAUGACAAGAUCAGAUUAAAGGUAAUAUCCAAUUGGUAAUGGAAGCGGUGACCAGAGAGUGGCAGUGUGCA